CUCUGACCGCUCGGGCCGACUGCUGCUGCGCCCGGAUGGCUUCUCCCGUCACGUCCACUCCUUCGCGGCUCCUCCUGCUGCUGCAGCUGAUGAUGAUGGCUGCCGUGACGAUGACUGGCGGUGAUUUGUCGCCUUCGGCGGGUCGUCGGUUUUCGGACCUGCAGCUGAAUCUGACCCGAGGGGAUUUCGCCGGACCACCCAAGUUCAAGGAGAAGUACUUUUCACAAGUGGUGGACCACUUCAGCUUCCAGGUCCAUGACGUGGACACGUUUGAGCAGCGCUACUUGAUUUUAGAUGACCACUGGACACGAGGCACCGGCCCCAUCUUCUUUUACACUGGUAAUGAAGGCAACAUCUGGCAGUUUGCCCAGAACUCCUUGUUUCUGCUGGAGUUGGCGCAGGAGCUGCAUGCGCUGCUCGUCUUCGCUGAACACCGCUAUUAUGGAGCAUCUCUCCCGUUCGGCGCAGCCUCCUUCCAGCCGGACAACAUGAGGCUGCUGACCAUCGAGCAGGCGCUGGCCGACUACGCCAUCCUCAUCACGGAGCUGAAGAAGCAGCUGAACGCGUCCCGCUCUCCUGUCAUUUGCUUCGGUGGCAGCUAUGGCGGGAUGCUGAGUGCCUACAUGAGAAUCCGAUACCCUAACGUGGUGAAAGGUGCCCUUGCCUCCAGCGCGCCCAUCUUCUCAACAGCUGGAAUCGGAGACUCGUGGCGCUUCUUCCACGAUGUGACGGAGGAUUACCGGCGCUACAAUCCAGCUUGUGCCGAGGCUGUGAAGAAGACCUUCCUGCUGAUCCAAAGUCUUGCCGAGGCCCAAGAUUACCAGAAGAUCACCGACGGACUCUCCCUGUGCGAUGCCAUCUCAUCCAGAAAAGACAUUCACCAGCUCUACGGCUUUGUGCGCAACGCCUUCACCUUCAUGGCCAUGCUGGACUACCCGUACAGCACCGAGUUCAGCGGGCACCUGCCCGCCAACCCCGUCCAGGUGGCCUGUGACUUACUGCUGUCUGAAGAAGACGCUUUGAGGGGCAUGCGGGACGCAGUGGGCAUAUUCUACAACGCCAGUGGUGCCCGAGGCGAGCGCGCCUGCUAUGACCUCUACCAGCUGUUUGUGGAGUGUGCGGACCCCACGGGCUGCGGACUGGGCGGAGACAGCCAGGCCUGGGAUUAUCAGGCUUGCACCGAGGUCAACCUGUGCUUCGAGAGUAACAACGAGACCGACAUGUUCCCGGCCAUGGAGUUCAGCGAGCGCCAGCGGGAGGAAUAUUGCAGGGCCAAGUGGGGCAUCACGCCAAGGCCCGACUGGCUCAGGCUGCAGUACUGGGCUGACGGUCUCACCUCGGCCUCCAACAUCAUCUUCUCCAAUGGUGACCUCGACCCAUGGGCCAACGGUGGGGUGCGGACCAGUCUGUCUCCUUCUCUGGUGGCGAUCAACAUGGAGGGUGCAGCCCACCACCUGGACUUGAGGGGUUCCAAUGCUGCCGACCCCGCCUCUGUCACAAAAGCCCGCCAACUGGAAGCCCAAAUCAUUGCCAGCUGGGUGGGCACAGUCUAGCUGUGCCCAUUUCCAAGGAGCAUUUAUUUCAAAUAAAGUGACCAUGUAAGCCAA